CGGAUCUGCAAAGGCUUGUGGAAGGGUACCAAGGUUGCACGGAUUAUGAAAUUGGCGAUGUGCCGAGGAUCGUGGUGGACACAACUGAUCCGACAGUUGAUGCGGAGGCCAUUGCUGCAAAGCACUCUGUUUUGGUGUCAAGAUCUGUAGAGGAAGCAUUUCUCCCAAAGAAAAGAGGCCAGAGUGCUAGAUGGCAUCUGCUGGUCUAAAACCAGGGGUGCCUGUUAUUCUGGGGGAACUAGAACCAUCCUCAGAGAUGUUCAAGCAAGGAGCAUCCCUUCGAGUCACAGGAAUUCUUCAGUCAUACGAUGUGGACUCUGCAAUUGCUGUCAUUCAAGAUGGGAGCGUGAGCUUGAAGAUUGACACCCAAAAUCUGAGGGACAUCAGUUUUCGUACAAAUUCAGCAUACCAUUUCAUUGGCGAACUGCUGAUCCGUGCAGAUAAUGAGGCAAUUCUGCAAGCGCGCAUAGGAAGGAAUGUUGAUGGCCUCGACCUGAACCUUUACCAGCAGUCUCUGCUUAUCCGGCGGAAACAUGAAGCCAAGCUACGGAGCUCCAGGAGAGCAUGAUCUGUUGCUGGGGAAUCAGGCACAUGCUCUUUGCAGUUCAAUUCCUUUGUUUGGCCGCGAUGGAAUGACAUUUGUACAUGAGAACAGAACUGGACCAUCUAGAGGAUUUGAUAUGAGAAUUGAUCAAUUUGGAGUUCCUGCAUAUGAUUUCAGGGACCUCACAUAUCCGUUUCUGGCUGUUCAGGGGUCUGGCAUUUCUCUUGCACCUUAAAGGGCUGCGUUGACAUGUAUGGGAUAUCUGGUUGCGAUGAUCUGAUUUUGGAACGAGACAUUUUCAUUCUCAGUUAUUCUGCUGGAGGCAGGUGGAACUUGGCCGCAGAAUGCCAGUGUUUUAUUUGUGAAUCUGAGUCUAUUGGACCAUGUUUAACAUGAAGGUUGAGUGAUGCUUUGUGUGGGUGGAACAUAUAUUUUUCUUUGCUUCUCUGCUAAAGAAUGUAGUUAUCUUAGUUCCUGGGACCUUAGCAAUUCCAGGCUGCCCUAGUUUACUGGGGACCAAAGCUUACAUUACUACA